UUACACACAAGCAGCAAGGUCCCACAUCCUGGUACUUUUCAACGUUGUCAAGGAAGGCUUCGGUAGAGAGAAAGGCUGGCUCGAGGGAAGUAGCUGCAGUGUCCUGACAAUAUAUCUGUCCAAACGUUCACAAACUAUCCCGGAAAGUUAGGUGUAACUACCAGGACCAUCCGUUAUCUGUUAAUGUCAAGAUGUGGCUGGUGACCACCAGAGAUGGGAGACGGACAUAACAAGACCUAUAGGAUGUUACUCAAUAGCAUACAACAAUGUAGUCUAAAGGCUGACAGCAUCCAUAUCAGGUGAACAUUGGACUAAGGAGAGUGGGAUGAGUGAAGAUUCUGCAGCCAGCACAGUUUGGUGAAGAGCACGAGAGGUGACCAAUCAGCAACUAGCAUGCCAACCACCAAGGGAACUGGAGGGGCUGGCAGCCCACGGGGUCAGCGCUACCGUCCAGCCUCAGAGUUCGACGAUGCCACACUCGCCCAAAAGAGAGAGUACUGGAAGACCAAGAAACGAGAGCAGAGGGCCAAGCUGUCAGAGGUCAAGAGGGAAAAAGAUACAAACAGAGUGUGUAACUCCUUGGGCAGAAAUGCAGUCCAUAAGACCCUAACCUCUAUGGUGUUGAAUCCCAGUGCCUCUUGUUCAAUGGCAGGGUCUGCCCCCACUUUGUUGAAUAGCGAUGGUUCCUACCAAACCAAUGUCAGUGGUGCACCUGUAGUUUUAUUAAAGGGAAAGGGUUCUGCUAUCUCCUAUCAUCUGAACCAUAGUGCUGAAGAAGAGGACCAAAACUCUUCCUUAGCAAACCAAAAGGAAAAAUGGUUCCAGAGGAUAAAACUUGACAAAGUCUUGCCUCCGUUCCCAACGUCCAGUGCAGGUCUAGGAGAAGGUGCGAUGGUCUGCAAGAUGGCGGUGAAAAGUUCCCCAACAGGGGGCACUGUGAUCGGAACGGUUACCUCAGCCAAACCCAACGGAGUGCUGCUCAACAGUGGCUCCUCCUUGCCUCUGGGAAGAGUGGCUGUGAGACCCUCAGGUUCUGCACCUCACCAACCACAGGGUGGAAUGACUGUUCUGAAUGGCAGCUCUCCUGUAGUGUCAACACAGAAGCAACUGGCCACCCAGAGUGUAUCAAGGCCUGAUGCGUUUACUGAGACACAAGUUACAGUGCGUGUUCAGCCUGGACCGCUAACUGCUAACAUUACCUCAGGGUUGUCCAUCGUGACCAAUCAGCCUACCCCUGCCCUCAUUCCCAAACCAGAGGGUAGGCCUAUAGGGAUGAAAGUAACACAACUAGGUGGGACAAAGCGUGCCCCGGUCACAGCCCAAGAAGUUAGUUGUAUCAACGACACAUCAGCUACACUGGAGAUUGAGGAGGACAAAGCCACCAAGCGCAGAGAGAAUUGGCGCAUCAAGAAGCGAGAACAGAGAGCGAAGCAGGCGGUUAGGUUAACAAAGACUAGAGAGAGAAUCACGAACAUGGAGAUAACGUUGCAAAAAGCUGGAAUGUUACCCAACGUGGUCAUUGAACGUCCUCCGUCUGCUUUGAGUGGACAGGGCCAUAGGCAGUGUGUUAAUAGAGUCAGGGUCCCGUUCAUCUCAGCCGGACGCCUGCUGAAGAACGCCAGAGCAGUGGCUAGCGUUGUAGUCAAAAGGGAGUCUGAGGAUUCAGUCCUGGCUAAGCUAACUGCAGUCAAUGCUAAUCAACAGACUGUUCAGGUAAAAGUAGAGAAUCCGCAGGACGCUGAACCAACAAUGCAGACUGGCAUGGCAUCGAAUGUCAUUGGUUUUAAACUAGAAGGGGAACCAAGCAGAAGGCUUCCUGGUCCAGGGCAGUUUAUCAACACUAGCCAAGGUAUGGUCCGUUGUAGGACUCCGAGACAGAGGUUCAUUGACGCCCAAAGGAAUUUCCUGGGUCAGAGAAACAUGAGAAAGUCCCCCUGUCAUGCUACAGCCUUCAAAACCCGCAACGCACUCCGAGAGGACCCAACGGAGACACCCGAGCAGAGGGUGGCCCGGAAGCGGGAAUACUGGCGUGUCAAGAAGCGGGAACAGCGAGCUAAGCUGUCAGUGGAAGUCCGCGCUAAGAUGAAGGAGAAGGAUGCUCUGAUGCGAAGAGUCAACCGGUACCAGAGCAUAUUGGAGGAUAUGAGGAAGGCGAGAGCGGCGGGCUGCAACACACUGCCACAACCAACAGGAAAUGGGCCUACCCACACCAGCGCCUCAGAGACCAUUGGAGGGUUCAUCAAGGAGGACGGUACAUUGACCAAUACCAUUCCCCAAAUGUAUCUCAUUACAGAAGCAAAAGAGACAGGGGAUGAAAUUGGUGUCAUCGGUGGGAUGCCUGUUAAUAAUUCAUUUACCAACCCUAACAUACACCGCCAACACCAACUGCUUCCCAAACCCACUGGUGAUACAUCUAGUAAUGUGGUACAUCAAAUACGGGUCAACCCACCACCUCUAAUCCGUCCUGCUCAAGUUAAGGUCUCCUGUCCUCCCAUCGGCCUGUCAAUCAGAAAGCCUCCCAAGUUAGUUUCAGGCAGCCCCCCGAAAAACCUUCCUAAUCCACACACAGUUGUCCAGCCCCAGAGUCGGAUCACCCUCACACACCCUCAAAACAUUCAAAACACCUUUCCUGGUUUGUCUACAGCGAUACCGAAGCCGGCUAGCUGGGUCAUGCAGAUGGCUGUCAAAGCUUCUACAGCAUCAGCAGCGCUCAACUUGGACCCAAAGCUAACAGAGGAGGAAAAGAUGGCUAAGAAGAGAGAGUACUGGAGGGUAAAGAAACGAGAGCAGAGGGCGGCCCGCGCCACCCGCCUAAGGCAAGGAGUUCAAGCUAGGGGAAAGACUGCCUCACACAAGAGGCGGAACCAAAGGUUAGCACGAUUAGCUGUCGCCAUUCCCAAUGUCAACCACACACUGACCAUCAAGCCUCUCUCAAACACCAGUGUGUCCAUGUCUCCACAGGGAGACCAAAUCAAACAAGAGAGAGGAUCAACCUCAACAGACGCUCCAUGUCCUCCACUGGAACAACCCCUCUGUGUUGAUAUCAAACCGUCCCGGUGUUCACCGCCACCACAGACCGAGCCACCAGACCCAGCCUUGAGUGCUGACAGCCAGGCCACCACUCUCUUAGUGGUGGCUUCUAUGAAGAAGCUGCUGGAGGAAUCGCUCAGCACUGUGGCUGACUGGAAAACAGAACAGCUGCCUUGUAAAAGUGAUCCUCAGACAUGUUCCUACGAGGAUGCUUCCGUCCAGAUGGAGGUCAAGCCAAAUCUACCUCUGCUCACCCUGGAAGAUGAGAAGGUCUCCCUAUCUGGUGACCUAUCGUUGGAGGUCAAAGGAUGGCAGGUGGACGCUGACGCCCUGCCAUCCUGCCAGGUAACCAUUUGUCCAUUGAGUCCUCAUCCUAAGGACUCUCCCCUGUCAAGUCCUUGCACUGAAAGUCUGUCUUUCCCAGCUCCCCCUCCCUCUGAACCACCCUCUCACACACCCACACACUCUUGGUCCCACACGGCAGCUUCCAGUGAACCGCCGCUCCCUCUCCCUCGCAGAGCCCAGAGGCUGCGUGCCAAAAAAGCAGGACACCAUCACUGCUGUUCCCCAGAACCCCCAAAGCUACACCAUCAGCCUCAACAACAACAACAACAACCACCUCAUCAACAACAUGAAAUUCAACAUCAACAACAACCACCUUAUCAACAACCUCAAAAUCAACUACAACUUCAGCAACAUCAGCACGCCCCAGCGGUGACAGGCCAGAAUGUGACUCUGGAGAAGAAGAGGGAGUACUGGAGGAUGAUGAAGAGGCAGCAGAGAGCUAGGACGGUCAGGCAGGGAGGAGGGGGGCUGAGACGGGGGGACUACAGCAGACGACUGGCCCUCAAAGCAGCACAGGUUUCGAAUCUCCUCACUGUGAAGACACACACACAGAGACCAGUGCAGAGAAGCGGAAGCUUCGGUUUACACACAGCACCAUUGCUCAAACUGCAGUCCUCCCCACUUCUCCAGCCUAUAUCUCCCCAGCCUAUUUCUCCCCAGCCUAUAUCUCCCCCUGCUUCUGGACCCAAGGCUAGCCUCAGCAUGGUCACCAACAUCCCUACACUUCUGGUUGGAGACCCCACCACCUCCAACAUGGGACAGACAUAUGAUACAACACAGCUCAACCCUCCUGUCAACUGUACCAGUAUCUCCAAUUCACCCAUUGGUGACACAGGGUCCCCACAGACAUCUCAUAGCUUCAGUACCGUGUCCCUCCCUUUUGGAGGUGGUGUCACUGUCCCCCCAUUGAGUGAGGGGAAGAAAGACGGGCUGCUAUUGGUGGAGAACCAACAGGAAGCGGCCCCAGGAUUGAGCGCCAACUCGCCCCGCGUUCUAAAAUGGAGACUGCGAGUGCAGGAAACCUCAGACACCGAUACCUCACCCAUCGCUACUCUCACACCUCCUCCCAACCCUUUGACUAGCAUAAAACUCUUACCCAUUCAGCCUCCCAGUCAAACAUCCUCUUUCACCCCAACACAGACUCCUUUCAAAUAUCAAGGUGCUCAGAUUUCUCAAAGUGGGAAUGUACAAAAUGUACGAUUGCCGACAUUGCAGGGGCUCACCAAAAGCCCUAUCUACAUAAGCCCAAUGGGUCCGCCCAAGCCAGUGCCGGGGGAGUCGGAAGAGGAGACUCUGAGGAAGAAGAGGGAGUACUGGAGGGUGAGGAAGAAGGAGCAGAGAGCCAGGAAAGCAAUGAGAGAUGGGGAGAUGACAGAGAAGAGGCCCUCGGUCAACUGGCAGCCCAUCAUCACUAACACUCAUCAUCCUCAACAGCUGCUUGAGGAGAUGGAGACACAGGAACAGGAUCCUGACCGGUGGUUCAACACCUCCGAGGACUCUGAACUACUUCUGAGUACUUCCACAGAGACAGACAUGGGCUACUUUCCUGACUUUGGCCAAACUGAACCUUUAGAAGACGAAUCAGAGCUCCUUUUCCUACACGACGAUCUUGGCGACAACUAUGACGGCGCCAUCUCGGAUGUUGUAUGGAGGAAUCGCUACCUCAUGGACUACGACCCGCUGAACCAGCUGCUGGUGUGCAUGGUGUGCGGGGAGCUCCAGUACUCCCACAGCCUGGAGGGGGUGAGGGCCCACAUCGACGAGGCCCACCCAGAUACCCUGAGCCUGGAGUCCCCGGAGCACCUUCGCAUCCUAGAGGCCUGGGACGAGCAGGUGUCCAGGAGAGAACGCUUCUUCACCAGCCAGCUGCAGCAGCACAGUGGGACGAUGGGAGGGGACAGUGCCAACCUCCCAGCAGAAGUAAUGGUUGAUACAGAGGACUCGUCAUACCCGACGAACAGCAAAAGCUCCAGAACGAUUAAAAGACUCUGAGGGCUAAGGUGAGCAUUUGAGCCUUCAUAACUGUACAGACACCAUCCAUGUCUGUAUAUCAUAAUGUUGACCGUAGCUCUCUGUAUACCAAGGGGUGUAUUCUUGUCUGUCUGUAGGAACACGUUUUCACGACACAUUGUUUACGUCCUACCUACUUGUCCUAAUUUGCAGAAGCACAAAUAGCUCAAUUCCAGACAGCAUAAAACAAUAGAGGAAGUGAAAACAUUUCUGCUGUUUUCUUUUGUGUAUUAUCUUUUCCGGAGCAGUUCCUCUACAAAGGAUGAACUAAACUUGGAACUGUAUAUCUGUAUAGGGGACAUGGAACGACAAGAGGCAAGCUUUACCUCAUGAACUUUGGGAUAGACCCACACAUCUACACAUACCCACGAAUGUAUCUUCUUGCUGGGGUUUUUUCCCCCUUUUUCCCCCCAAUUUCGUCAUAUCCAAUUGGUAGUUACAAUCUUGUGCCAUCGCUGCAACUCCUGUUCGGACUCGGGAGAGGCGAAGGUCGAGAGCCGUGCGUCCCCCCGAAACUCAACUCAACCCAACCAAGCCACACUGCUUCUUUGACACAAUGCCCGCUUAACCCGGAAGCCAGUUGCACCAAUGCGUCGGAGGAAACACCUGGCGACUGUGUCAGCAUGCAUUACGCCCGGCCCGCCACAGGAGUCUCCAGUGCGCGAUGGGACAAGGACAUCCCUGCCGGCCAAACCCUCCCCUAACCCGGACGACACUGGGCCAAUUGUGCACUGCCUCAUGGGUCUCCCGGUUGCGGCAGGCCGCGACAGAGCCUGGACUCGAACCCAGAAUCUCUAGACCACUGCGCCACUCGGGAGGCCUUCUUGAUGUUUUUGAUAGCGCCAUAUUGUAGCGAUAAUCAUUCACUACUACUACUACACCAUGUCUCCUGUGCCCUAAACCAAAAUAAUAUAUCAAUAAGAGAUGUCACUGGGCUCUAUAAUGUCGUUGUGCUGUAUAACAUACUAAAGCACAGUCAGGGCUCUUCCUCAAUCCACAGCACUGGGUCAACUUAACCUCCCUAUUAUGUGUCCAUAACAAACAGGUCAGUGAUGUUCUUCAAUCUGAAUGAAUGUGUCCUUACUCCUCAAUGUACCAGGAUCUAUAUGAUCUAGGUUUUUAAGGGUAAAUAGCAGACCUUGGAGACCAUGCAUCCAUUGAAAUGGUCUACAGGUGAUCAAUUGUUCAAUGAUUGAUAUUCGUCUGUACAUACAGUACAUUUUAUAAUUUUACUUAAUGAUAUGUUUAUUUAAUAUUUCUCACAUACUAUCAGUUUUGUAUAAAGUUUUGUACUGUAUUAACAAUUUGUUAUUCAGGUCCAAGACAAUUCAGUUUUAUUUCUUCCCUUUUCACAAGGGACAUCCUUGCAUGAGGGUAUUCUAAAUAUGUCCUAAAAAGUACUGGUAUAAUUAUUUUUCAUGCAGCAUACUGUAUCUACAAGACUGACUCUUCGAAAUACUUAUUUGACACACAAAACAACAUUGUUUUCAUAAAUCGUUGUUCUGGAAUAUAUAAAAAUGUUCUUCCUUUUAAUAAAUGUAAACAUUGUUUCUGUAAUGCUGACUUGACAAAUGUAUUUCUGCACUGUAAAUACAACACACAAUCGUUAUGUUUAAAGGGGUGCUGAAAUGUCAAAACCCUUUUAAUGUAUCUGAUUGCCGAUCACUUAAUUGUUGCUCUCGUUUUGUUUCUGAUCUGAUUUCAUAUUUCCUUGUCUAUUUAUACUGAAUACAUUAUUUUGAAUGCCUUUUAUUUAGUCUGAACAAUCAGUCAGUGGCACAGAUAUAGAUUAUUACAUUUUUUAUUUAAUUGUAUCCCUGAUUUAACAAUCAAUUAUCAGCAUAUGUAUUUUUUAUUACUUUGUAAACAUACAAAAAAAUAUGUAAGAUCCAUAGGCCUGCUGCUUGGAUGUUUCUAUACUUCCUAUAUGUAACAGAAAAUGUGUGGAAUGGACUUCCAUUUGUGUUGUUUUUGGUUCACCAAUAUACUGACAAUUAACGUCCUAUAGAGCACGAAGCUUUGGAAGUCAGUCUUCUGUGGUCUUAACAGACUGAAAAAUGCAUUGAAAACAGAUUGUACUGUGAUUAACUUCUUCUUGUACAGCUGUAAGCAAACUGUAAAUGUACAGGGGACACUGACCACGCUGUAUGAUGACACCUGAUGAGAAUGUACCUCUUUGAAUUGGUUCCUACCUUGUCUGUUUUAAAAGGGAAUGUUCAAAUGCCUUUUCGGUACUAAUAAACCCUUUUUUCUAUCUUUUAAAA